AUGAGUAAAGGAUAUAUUAAAAUCAUUUUUUCUCUUUUAAUUUCAUCCGUAUAUAUGAGCAAUAAAACUUUUGCAGCUGAGGCUAAUUCAGGUAUUGAAGCUUUACGAAGAUUUGCUCGGCCACCUAGCAUGUCGAUUUUUCCCAAUGAUUAUUCAGAAGGAACAAUUGAAGAACAAUCCUUCAACUCAUGUGUAUACCCUGAAGAAAUUGAAAUAGCAGAAAAGGUUAUGAAUGAAGCUGAACUGUUAUUACAAUACCAUGCUGCAAGUACGGAUGAUUACAAAUUAUAUCAUAAAUUCAGUAAGGAUUCAAUUGCAUAUUAUAAGAAACAUAGAAAUACAUUAAUUUUUAAAUUUAAUCAUAAAAUCAAAUACCCAGACAAGUAUAAUUAUAUAAUAAGCAUGUUAUGGAAUUCAAAUGCCAAAUAUGUUGGUGAUCAAAUUGUUAAAGAAAAAGUUGCACGUGCAUACUCUCCAAAUUUAAUGAUGAUCCAACAGCGUUACAAAAAUGAUGCUAUAUCGUUCCAUGGAUAUUACUAUGCUUUAGCAAAAAAAGUUCAAGUAUCAGACGACACAACUAUAAUUGUCUAUACAUCAUCUGAUGUAAAUGACUAUAACAGUGUCGAUAAAAAAAAAUAUACAAACACUAUUGUAGAAAGUGCAAACUUAUUCAAACCAAAAAUUUAUUCAGAAAAUGAUAUUAGAAAUGGAGAAUUGACAAAAAUGUUUGUUAAUUUAUCUGGAUUUAUAAUUCAAAAAAAAAGGGAUUGCGUUGAUAUUACCUAUCUCAACUCUAUUAAUAUUAAUACCACUAUUUUUGAAGAUUUAUUAAUUAGAAUAAUUAAUUUAUCACAAAUACUAACUAUUAAGAGAUAA